UGUGCCGGCGGUGUUGUUAGGGCUUUCCCACCGGUUCAUUUGUCCCUGGGAGCAGGUCUCGUUGUGGUGGAGGGGCAAGAAGGAAACCCGGCAGGCAGAGAGACAGCAGGUCAGGCGGGACUCAGCAUGCCUCUGUUCUUCAGAAAGAGGAAACCCAGCGAUGACUCCCAGAAGAGACUGGAAUAUCAGCUGUGCCGGUCUAAGGAGGCAGGUGCUGAUGACAUCCUGGACAUCUCAGCUUGUGAGCUCUCAGAGGUUCCCUCAGGUGCUUUUUCCAUUUGCAAGGUGCUACAGAAGAAGGUCCUUAUCCUCCAUAACAAUGAGCUGAAGUCAUUGGUACCCAGAGGCUGUGACAUCAGCACUCUUGCCACUUUAAAGGUUUUGGAUCUGCAUGAGAACAAGCUCACCUCUCUCCCAGAGGACAUUGGGAGGCUGGCGUCACUGCAGAUUCUGAAUGUGGAGAAAAACCGUUUAAAGGCACUGCCGGACUCCAUCGGGGAUCUGCGGCUUCUGCAGACGCUCAAUUUGAAGGGUAACUGUCUCAGUGAGCUGCCUUCCUCAGUUUGUUCUUUGAGCAGCCUGCGCACCCUGGACGUGAGUGACAACAACAUCGUCCAGCUGCCCAAAACCCUGGCCUACAUCCGCACACUAGAGAGCUUUACACUUGAUGCUGCCACGAUGUCCUACCCACCUGUGUCUGUGUGUACAGAGGGCACAGAGAGCAUCCAGCGCUUCCUAUGCUCCGAACUGGGAGAGGAGUACUGCCCUCCAUCCCAGUAUCUCCUGCCAGUGCUGGAGAGUGACAGUGGCAAACAGAACUCUGACUGUUUGGACGGCUUGGAGGAGGCCUGGCAGAACAAAUUCAGCGACUACGAGAAGAGAAAGGUGCAGAAGCAGCAGCAGAAGCUAGCUUUCGAGAGGCAUCUGGAGGAGAAGAAAAAUGAGCACACCCAGCUUAUACUCAUGAACACCUCCCGCAAGGAAAACAUGCUCAACUCAGUCCGACAGGAGCAGGAGCGUCUGGAGCAGGGGGUUAACCAACAGCAGAGAGCUCAAGAGGCUGAGAGGCUGCUGGUGCUGGAAAAAGUCCGACAAGCUGAAGACAGCAUCAGCAGUCGCAUCAGCAACAUGCUGAUGGAUAAAAACAGGCAGAAAAAGAGUGCAGAGUUUCUUCAAGCCAUGGAGGAAGAUCGGAUCCGUAUGGAGCAUCUGACUGCCAUCACACAGGAAGAAACCAAUUCACUGAGGAAGAGGGAUGUGGCAGCUGCCAUGCAGAAGAUGCUGUCAGACAGCUGUGCCAUGAGCAUCGUGCAGGAGGCCAGUGACUUUCGCAGACAGAGCCUGGUGUCCGAGACCUACAGAAGUAUGGAGUCUUUGGACAGGAAGUUUGACAAGAUGCUGUCCCUCCAAGUUUUGGACAAAUCUAAAGCCAUCGCCCACAUCUUACAGGAGGAGGAGAUGCAGAAAGCAGCAUUCCAGGCCCUGCAGCUGCAGAAAGAUGCUGUACACGGCUACAUCCGCAACCAGAUCAAGCUCAUAGAGGGCGAAUUAAAGCAGCUGACUAAAUUGGAGAUUAAAAGACGCAGUCUGGAUGCUGAGAACCUGCAGGAGGUUCUAGUGGAGCAGCGCACAGCUCUCAGUGAUUUGUUGCAGCAGCUGCUGAAGCAGAGAGACCAGAGGGAGCAGGAGCUGCGACAUGUGCUGGCUGAGAUGGAACGGAAGUCUGAGUCCAACCAGCAGAACUACUGGAUGAUCCAGUACCAGAGACUGUUGGAUGCCAAGCCACUGUCACUGCGCAUGCAGGAAGCGGGCGUGGAGAAAGAGUUGGUCAACCUGCUGUGCAAACUGUCAGCUCAGCACUACCUGCCCAUCCUGGCUCAUCAUCGAGUGACCACUGAGGCCCUUCGCCACAUGAACUCCUCUGACCUCAAGAAGCUUGGCAUUAAUGAAAUAGGAAUCCAGAAAGCUCUUCUGAAGUGGGCUCGGGAACACCCUUCUGAAGGAGCUUGUAAGGCUGUCCUGCAGGACGAGGAGGCAGAGCUCACUCCCUCGGCUCCGCCCCCUGCCUCCCCUCCAUUACUUCCCAACAUUUCCCAAAUCCCCAGCCCACCACUCACCCCGGGGACCCCCGUCACCCCUUCAGCCCCCAGCCCUGUGGAGGGACCAGGGAGCUCUGAGUGUGUGGUCUGCAUGGAGAGCGGGUCUCAGGUCAUUUUCCUGUCCUGUGGUCAUGUAUGCUGCUGUCAGGUCUGCAGCGACGCUCUGCAGAACUGCCCUCUUUGUCGUAGCAACAUAUCCCAGCGCAUACGCCUGUACCACAGCUAGAAGCAAGUACAGCGCCGCGCUGGUCCUCCACCGACUGCAGCUCUUUUUAUUUAUGCAUGAUCAUAAAGCUGUUGUGAGCUAACCCUCGUCAUGUAUAGAGAAGCUUUUAGCGGGUUUUCAAAGAGCUGAGCCACUUUCCUGUAUUAACCAAACAGUACUUUGUGAUGUAUAUGCAGAAACAAGUUUGAAUAGAACUAUUUUUAAUGGUGUUUUAAUUGUGUUUUUGGUUGUCACCGGCAUCCAAGCCUGUGUAUUUUGUUGUUCUUUCUAAAUUCUAUCAUUUUUUAAAUAUGAAUUAAGAUCCAGGUGGAUGAAACUGCUCACUGGUUGAAGACUGACUGUUCUUUGCCUUAUUAUACCUUCUUAAUUGAUGUGCCUUUUUCUGGAAAUCUUUCUUUUCAUUUAACAAUACUUCUGUGUUGUAACCAAAGUAACACCUGUCCAGUUCACUAAAACAAUCUAUGGAUUGUUGUUGCUAUUGUUGCUCAUUGUAUCACUAAUGCACCUCAUGUUGUUCUGCAAUCAGUUACACAACUUGUCUUGCCCUCGCUGUGGGGGCCGUUUUUCAACCUUACUUUAUUCUCCAUUCCUCUUGUCUCUGACAUAUCUUUUCUAUUCUUAUUUCAAUCACAAUAUAUGGUGCACAUGUACGAACUAACAUCACCUGUUUGUAGCCACAACUAAUGCUAUUAUACUCUUUCAAGUGCUCUUAACUCUAACAUCUCAGCAUGUUUCAGGUAAAUAUUAUUGUAUAUGAGUCUGUUAAAUGUAGUGUGUAAGAGAUUCAUGUCUAUAUAAAUCAGACAUUUCACAGACAA